UCACUGGUUAAUCGAAUGGUGGUCUACGUGGCUUACAAUUCUUAUACAAUGCAUAAUUACGAGCAGGUUGAACUUCCACCAUGGACCGACAUUGUUAAGACUGCAAGAUUCAAAGAGCUUGCUCCUUAUGACCCCGACUGGUAUUACGUGAGAGCUGCAUCCAUGGCAAGGAAGAUCUACUUGAGGGGAGGUCUUGGUGUGGGAGCAUUCAAGAGGAUUUAUGGUGGAAGCAAGAGGAAUGGUAGUCGUCCUCCACACUUCUGCGAAAGCAGCGGUGCCAUCGCCCGUCACAUUUUACAACAAUUGCAAGAGAUGAACAUCGUUGAUGUUGACCCAAAGGGUGGAAGGAGAAUUACUUCGAGCGGACGACGGGAUCUUGAUCAAGUCGCUGGCCGGAUUGUUGUUGCCCCUUGAUCAAUCAAUUACAUGUUUUGUUAAUUAGAGACCUUAUGUUUUGCCUGAUGAGAUACAAUUUCUUAUUCGUCAUUAAAAUUUUGGAUUGAGCUGUUGAAAGAUUUCCAGAUGGUUUUGAAUGGUCUAAAGUUCAUUUACAAUUCCUUUUGUUAUAUUUUUUCUGGGUUUUUUGCAUGAAAGAUGUUUCUAAUAUUUUA